GAAAUGUCUAACUGUAACGCCCAUACCGCCUGUUUGACCCGGAAGUGAUGUCAACAAGUCCUUCCUGCAACAAGACCGGCAUUAUGGCAGCGGACACGCAGGUUUCAGACACUCUGAAGAAGUUUGCUGUAAAGGUAACCACAGCCAGCACCAGAGAGCGCAAGGAGAUAUUUGGAGACCUGAAACAGUGUCUGAAGGGUAAAGAGUUACCAGAGCCUGCUGUUAAAGGAUUGUGCAAGCUGUUUUGCCUCACCCCACACAGAUAUCGGGAUGCUGCGUCACGCAGAGAGCUUCUCUCUGUCAUCGGCCAGCUGGCUGACAGUCAGCCUGACGUCCUGGUACCCGGCCUUCUUCACUGCCUUCUGAACAGUGGGGUCUUCAACAAGAAUGGAGAUCCCAGUAAAUGCACAGGCUCUGCUGCCUUCAUCGCCAUGUCUUGGACCUGCCUUCUAGUGUCCAGAGUGUUUUCUGCCCCAGAGAAAAGAGAAGGGCCCACCUGGAAGAAAAUGGUGGAAGUUCAGAGUCUUCUCGUGGCUGAGGUAGUGGGUGGAGCCAAAACCAUGGCUAAGAAAUCCAGCCUAAAACAUCUCAACCAACUGUGGAAGGAGAAGCCUGAACUGGUUGAUCACUACGUCAGCACCCUUCUGACUCUGGACCAGAACCCUACCACUCUGGUCAUGCUGGGGGUCUGCUUAGACUUCUGUGCUGCUCAGAAACAAAAAGCUACAAUAGAAAAGCAUAAGAGCGCAAUGCUGGAUCUUUACAUCAAAUCGGUUCUGAUGAGCAAGACGAAACCCCAGCAGCACAUUUUGGACAAAAGCAGCUCUUUACUGCGUCACGUGUCCCACUCUGAGUUCAAGGAGCUGCUGCUGCCCACCCUGCAGAAGACCAUGCUCCGGAGUCCGGAAAACGCUAUGCAAACCGUUUCCUGCCUGCUCUCUGCUGUAACUCUGGACCUCAGUCAGUACGCUCUGGAUAUCGGAAAGGCCAUUUCAAGCCAGCUAAAGGCUAACAACGCUCAGCUGAUGGAGGAAGCUGUCCAGGCCAUGCAGAACCUGGCCCAGCAGUGCAGCGACCCCACUGCUGUGCAGGAUGUCGUCACACACCUUUUCAAGAUCCUGGGAGGGUCUGAGGGAAAGCUCACUGUUGUUGCCCAAAAAAUGAGCGUUUUGUCCGGCAUUGCUAGCUGCAGCCACCACGCAGUGUCAGGGACCUCCAGCCAGACGCUCAGCUGUGAAGUUGCUGUCAUGUUCAUCCCUUAUUUACAGCAAGAAGUUCACGAGGGCACCUUGGUCCACGCGGUGUCCGUCCUCUCCCAGUGGAGCGGCCGCCUCACGGUGGAAGUUCCCUCGGCUUUGCUGGACUGGCUGAAGAAAGCGUUCACUCUUAAGACGUCCACCUCUCUGGUGCGGCACGCCUAUCUCCAGACCAUGCUGGGGGCCUUCAAAGGUGACACUCUGGUCCAGGCAUCAGAUUUUGUGCCUUUGCUGCUGCAGACGGUGGAGAAAGCCUCAGUACAAAACUCCCAGCAUGCUCUGCUGGCAGAGGGCGUGGCAGCAUCUGUUCUUUUGAGUAGACUGGCGGUGUUGGAGACACAAACUGAGGCUAAAUUCUGCAGCUUCUGGAAUCUGGUUUUGGAUGAAAAGAAGCCUCUGUUCACCACAGAGAAGUUUCUUUCUCAGACGAGUGAAGAGACUCUGCUCACAGUGCUGCAGCUCUGUGAAAGGCUGUUUUUGGACCAUGCACACAGACUGAACACAAGCAACUCUCAGAUGUUCCACCACGCCGUGGUUGUGAUUCUGCUGUCACGGAGCUGGCGUGUGAGGAGGAGGUCCCAGCAGACUGUCAAGAAGCUGCUCUCCUCCCUGGGUGGAUCCAGUCUGGCCCACGGCCUCUUGGGAGAACUGCGAGUGCUUAUCAACAAACACAAAGUUUUACCUCAGGAUGCCCUGAUGUCAGAGUCUGGAGAGCUAACAGAAACCGGCCGCAGCUACAUCCCCCCGGGUGUCCUGCUGGAUGCUCUGUGUACGGUUUGCUCUUCUGCCAGCCAGUGGGGCGACGCUGCUGAAGCAGAGAAUCUGGCCAUGGAGAUCCUCAUCGUCUCUCAUCAUCCCUCUAUCGUAACUGCUCGCUGUGGCCUGUGGCCCUUCCUGCUCUCCUCCAUGAAGAUACAGGCUGAAGACUUCAUUGAGAAGAAUCUGGAGGCUAUUCUGCCUCGUCUGCUGGAGGUCAACUCUGACAGCCAGGCAGUGAAAAAUGCGGUCGCUACCCUCUGUGGACUCUCUCCCAACAAGCUGCUGCCGCGGGUGAUCAGUCACAUGGUGGAAGGCCUUUCCCAGCCUGCAUUGCUUCAAGUCACAAGAGAAGAGUACACCAUCAUGCAGACUCCUGAGGGACAACUGUACGACAACAGCAUCAUCCAGAGCGCCCAGAAAGAAAACACCAAGAAAGUGAACAUGAAGAGAGAGAAUAAAGCCUACUCCUACAAGGAGCAAAUCAUAGAGCUGGAGUUACAAGAGGAAAUAAAGAAGAAAAAGGGCAUCAAAGAUGAGGUGCAGCUAACCAGCAAACAGAAGGAAAUGAUGCAAAUCCAGCUGGAAAAGGAGUCAUCGAUUCGCAAGAGACUUCAAGGGAUGGACAUUGAGCUGCAGAGUGUGGUUGGUGUGCUGGAGGCCAUCCUGAAAGAGAAACCCGCCCAGAUCAGCAGGGAGCUCCCCGCCGUCCUGCAGGUCCUCAUCCCUCUCCUGCAGUCCCCUCUGGCAGCGCCGCGAGUCCAGCAGGUCUUCCUGGACAUUGGCAUGUGCCUGAUGCCCAAACACCUGCAUCAUCUGGCUGUUCUUGUUGGUCAUGUGACUCUACGGUUGCUGAAGCCAGAGUGUGAUUUAGACCCAGCCUGGGAACAGGAGGAUUUGGACUCUGCAGUCCACCGGACGGUCCUGCUGCUCCAUAACCACACGGUUCCACAGAGAGAGGGCAAACAAGCAGAUGUGGCGCCGCUGUCUGCACCGGCGUUCUCCUUCUGCUUCCCGCUCCUCAACGCUACACUCCGAGAGUUUUCAAGCAGCGAUGAAGAGACGGAGAACAUGAUGAUCAGAGCGCUCCAAGUCAUCAAUGAGCACGCCCAGCUUCGAGCUGAACCAGACACUGACGUUUUCAUCGACGAGAACGGACCAGAACUGCUUCCACGUGUCAACAUGCUUCUGCUGCUGACAAGAGUUAUUUCCACAGCAACACCACGACUCCAGGUUUUGGCCUCUCAGUGCUUGACAGCUCUGUGUGCCAGUGCUGGGGGAGGAGAGGGCUGUGCGGUAGCGGAGCAGCCGGAGAUAGACGUCCUGCUCAGUGCUCUGCUGUCUCCAUGCUUUUCUGUGCGCGAUGCUGCCCUCAGGGGUUUGUUGGAUAUGGAGUUUGCCCUGCCCACAGACAGCACAGAGGCCAGCGGGAUGAGCCUGCUGCGGAGGCUUUGGGUUGCCAGGUUUGACGUUGAAGCAGAAGGUCGAGCUUUGGCUGAAAAACUCUGGCAGUCCCUGGAUCUGGAGCUGGUUCCAGAGCUCUGCCCCCUGCUGAUCGGAGACAUCACUCACCAUGAAGAGGCCAUUCGUUCCGCCGCCGCCGAAGCUCUGUCGAGCGCCGUGUCCCAGUACACGGACCAGUCUGCUUCAGUACUUGGCCAGCUCACAGAGCUUUAUCAUCAGAAACUUUAUAGACCCCCUCCUGUGCUGGAUGCUCUGGGCAGAGUGAUCUCUGAAGCUCCACCUGACCAGUGGGAAGCCAGAUGCGGCAUCGCUCUGACUCUGAACAAGCUUUCUCAGUACCUGGAUGAAGCUCAGGUCACGCCUCUUUUCCUUUUCUUUGUCCCCGACGCUCUGAAUGAUCGGCACCCUGAAGUGCGGCGCUGCAUGCUUGACGCUGCGCUCUCAGCUCUCAACACACACGGAAAGGACAACGUGAGCUCCCUGCUGCCGGUGUUUGAGGAGUUUCUGAAGAAUGCUCCUCAGGAUGCCAGCUACGACUCUGUCCGUCAGAGUGUAGUGAUCCUCAUGGGGUCCUUGGCAAAACAUUUGGACAAAAAUGACCCCAAGGUCAAACCCAUUGUGGCCAAGCUUAUAAAUGCGCUGUCUACACCUUCACAGCAGGUCCAGGAGUCAGUGGCCAGCUGCUUGCCUCCUUUAGUUCCUGCCAUCAAAGAGGAUGCAGCAGGAAUAGUAAGAAACCUGCUUCAGCUGCUGCUGGAGAGUGACAAAUACGCAGAGAGGAAGGGAGCGGCGUACGGACUGGCUGGACUGGUCAAAGGUCUCGGGAUCCUGGCACUCAAACAGCAGGACAUCAUGUCAACGCUAACUGAUGCCAUCCAGGACAAGAAGAACUUCAGGCGGAGGGAAGGAGCCCUGUUUGCCUUUGAGAUGCUCUGCAACAUGUUGGGAAAGCUGUUUGAGCCGUAUGUGGUCCAUGUGUUGCCACACCUUUUACUCUGCUUCGGAGAUGGGAACCAGUAUGUUCGUGAGGCUGCAGAUGACUGUGCCAAAGCUGUAAUGAGGAACCUGAGCGCCCAUGGAGUGAAGCUGGUCCUCCCCUCCCUGCUGGUAGCUUUGGAGGAGGAGUCAUGGAGGACGAAAGCAGGCUCUGUAGAGUUGUUGGGUGCCAUGGCUUAUUGUGCACCAAAGCAGCUGUCCUCCUGCCUGCCCAGCAUCGUGCCCAAGCUGACCGAGGUACUGACCGACUCCCACGUGAAGGUUCAGAAGGCUGGUCAACAGGCCCUUCGACAAAUCGGCUCCGUCAUCCGCAACCCCGAGAUCUUAGCCAUCAGUCCCAUCCUGCUGGACGCUCUCACGGAUCCAUCAAGGAAAACCCAGACGUGCCUGCAGACCCUGCUUGACACCAAGUUUGUGCAUUUCAUCGAUGCGCCCUCCCUGGCUCUCAUCAUGCCCAUCGUGCAGAGAGCCUUCCAGGAUCGCUCCACUGACACCCGCAAGAUGGCCGCUCAGAUCAUCGGCAACAUGUACUCCCUCACUGACCAGAAGGAUUUGUCGCCGUACCUCCCAAGUGUUAUUCCUGGGCUGAAGGCCUCCCUGCUGGACCCCGUACCUGAGGUGCGGACAGUCUCUGCCAAAGCCCUGGGGGCCAUGGUUAAAGGGAUGGGAGAGUCCUGCUUUGACGACCUGCUGCCCUGGCUCAUGGAGACGCUGGCAUCUGAGCAGAGCUCCGUAGAUCGCUCUGGAGCUGCACAGGGUCUGGCUGAGGUGAUGGCCGGACUGGGAGUUGAGAAGCUGGACAAGCUGAUGCCGGAUGUCGUGCAGACCGCCAGCAAGGUGGACAUUGCUUCUCACGUCAGAGACGGAUACAUCAUGAUGUUCAUCUACCUGCCUCUGACCUUUGGAGAUAAGUUCACUCCUUAUGUUGGACCCAUCAUCCCUUGCAUUCUGAAGGCCUUGGCUGAUGAGAACGAAUACGUGAGAGACACAGCACUGCGAGCCGGCCAGAGAAUCAUCAGCAUGUAUGCAGAGACCGCUAUUGCUCUGCUGCUUCCAGAGCUGGAACAAGGCCUGUUUGAUGACCUGUGGAGGAUCAGGUUCAGCUCCGUACAGCUGCUGGGAGACCUUCUGUUCCACAUCUCUGGAGUCACGGGAAAGAUGACCACAGAAACGGCCUCAGAGGAUGACAACUUUGGAACCGCAGCAUCCAACAAAGCUAUAAUUUCUGCUCUGGGCGCAGAGCGGCGCAACCGUGUGCUCUCCGGCCUCUACAUGGGCCGCUCUGACACGCAGCUGGUGGUUCGCCAAGCUUCUCUUCACGUGUGGAAGAUCGUGGUUACCAACACCCCCAGAACCCUGAGAGAGAUCCUCCCUACCCUGUUCAGCCUCCUGCUGGGCUUCCUGGCUUCAACAUGUCCAGACAAGAGAACGAUUGCUGCUAGGACUCUGGGGGAUCUGGUGAGGAAACUGGGUGAGAAGAUUCUCCCUGAGAUCAUUCCCAUCCUGGAGGACGGGCUGCGCUCCGAUAAGAGUGAUGAGAGGCAAGGUGUCUGCAUUGGUCUCAGUGAGAUCAUGAAGUCCACCAGCAAAGAUGCAGUGCUCGUCUUCUCGGAGUCCCUGGUUCCCACUGUGAGAAAGGCUCUCUGCGACCCCCUGGAAGAAGUCCGGGAGGCUGCAGCCAAAACCUUUGAGCAGCUCCACGCCACCAUCGGUCACCAGGCACUGGAUGACAUCCUGCCCACACUUCUCAAACAGCUGGACGAUGAAGACAUGGCCGAGUAUGCUUUGGAUGGCCUGAAGCAAGUUAUGGCAGUGAAGAGUCGCUCUGUGCUGCCAUACCUGGUUCCAAAGCUGACCGCCCCGCCGGUGAGCACCCGAGUGCUGGCCUUCCUCUCAGCUGUGGCUGGAGAUGCUCUGACCCGUCACCUCGGGGUCAUCCUGCCGGCUCUGCUCUCCUCCCUUAAAGGAAAACUGGGAACAGAGGAGGAAGCUCAGGAACUCUGCAGUUGCCAGACAGUGAUCCUCUCGGUGGAAGACGAGGUGGGUCAGCGGAUCAUCAUAGAAGACCUGCUGGAGGCCACUCGAGGAGCCGACCCCGGUCUCAGACAGGCUGCUGUCACCAUACUCAACGCGUACUUUGCGCGCACCCGUCUUGAUUACAGCAGUCACACUCGCACCCUGCUGUCAGGACUCAUCCGCCUUCUGAACGACUCCAACCCAGAGGUCUUGUCCCAGAGCUGGGACACCAUCAACUCCAUCACUAAGAAACUGGAUGCUAGCAGCCAGCUGGCUUUAAUCGACGACCUCCAUCGAGACAUCAGAUCAAUAACUGCAGACGUGAAGGGUCAACAUCUUCCUGGUUUUUGUUUGCCUAAGAAGGGUGUGUCCUGCAUCCUCCCUGUCCUGAGAGAGGGCGUGCUCUCCGGCAGCCCUGAGCAGAAAGAAGAGGCCGCCAAAGCGUUAGGGGGCGUCAUCAAGCUGACCUCUGCUGAGGCCUUACGGCCAUCUGUGGUCAACAUCACUGGACCCCUCAUUCGUAUCCUGGGAGACCGUUUUGCCUGGACAGUGAAGACCGCUCUGCUCGAGACUCUCACUCUGCUGCUGGCAAAGGUGGGUAUUGUGCUCAAGCCCUUUUUGCCACAGCUCCAAACCACCUUCCUGAAGGCCCUGCAGGAUUCCAGCCGUGCGGUGAGACUGAAGGCCGCAGAGGCUCUGGGUCAGCUGGUGUCCAUCCACACCAAGGUUGACCCGCUCUUCACCGAGCAGCUCUCUGCCAUACGCAACGCAGAGGACUCUGGAGUCAGAGAGACUAUGCUGCAAGCCUUAAGGUUCGUCAUCCAGGGGGCCGGAUCAAAGGUGGACCCCGCUAUCCGCAAAACUAUCACCACCACAUUGCUCGGCAUGUUGGGACACGACGAGGACGCAACCCGAAUGGCGUCGGCCGGAUGUGUUGGUGAGCUGUGCGCUUUCCUGUCAGAGGAGGAGCUUAAGAGUGUAUUACUUCAGCAUGUCUUAGGGGACGUGUCCGGUGUAGACUGGAUGGUCCGUCAUGGCCGCAGCCUGGCCCUGGCCAUAGCCGUCAAGUCGGCUCCAGAAAAGCUUUGUGGGAAAGAAUACUGCGAUACUGUGAUGGAAACCAUUUUGGCCAACGCCACAGCUGACAGGAUUCCUAUUGCAACAAGUGGGAUCAGAGGCUUAGGUUACCUGAUGAGACAUCACCUCAGAGUGGAAGGAGGCAGCAGUAUCUCUCAACGCAUCAUCACACAGUUUGUUAAGUGUCUGCAGAAUCAGUCUAGUGACAUCAGACUGGUGUCAGAGCGGAUGCUAUGGUGGGUUUUCAAAGAGCCGUCAACACCCUCCAUGGAAGCCGGUCUCAUUAAGCCUCUGCUGAAAGUUCUUCUGGACAACACCAAGGACAAGAACACGACAGUCAGAGCUCAGAGCGAACACACCAUCGUCAACCUGCUGAGACUUCGCCACGGGGAGGAGACAUUACAAAGUGUCACUGCCAUUCUGGACUCUGCGAGUAAUGAUCUGCUGUCGGAAUGUCACCGCCGCUCACUAAAGAAAAUCGCCAGCCUUCCAGACUCCAAUGAAGAAGUCGACGACACCAUUCUGACAUGAGGCGGGAAUUACCCAUGAAAUCAAACUUGCCCAGGUCGACAGAAGGUCGACGUCCUCAGACACACUCGGCGGACGAGCUCAUUCUGCCCUGUGUGGGCUUGUUAGGAGAUGAGCUUUGUUUGCUGUGAUCUUCACACAUACCAGAUUUAUUUUCUUUCUCCACUUCACACCAUCAUUUUAAAGGCUCUUAGGCCCAAUUUCUUUUUAGUUUUUGUUCCCCUCUCAUGUACAGGCUGUUUUCCUGUACUGAACUUUAUUUGACAGCCACAAUGCCAAAUCUGUUUUGAUACUUAAGUGUUUUGCUACCUGUUUUACCAAAAAACUCAACAUUUGGGAUGCUUAUGUCAUGAAACAACUCCCAUUUCUAACUUUUAUUUGUGUGUGACAGUUGUUUGGGGAAAGAAACCCGUUAAACAACAAUCAUUGUUAUCAAUGAUACAGUUGUACAAAGUAAUGCAAAAUAAUAAAAAAACAUUCACAAAAGUA